AUGCCUGCAUGGAGCAUGGCGGCGCCGGUUGGGUACGGCAGCGCGCCGUGUGGCUACUGCGACUCUAAAACACAUGCGUCGUCAUCUACAGACACAAGCUGCUCGUUUGGAUUUUGGCACACAAUUCGACUUUCCAUCGAUGCGUACCGCCCUUCGCGCGCGCAGCGACGCGCAGUGCAGCAUUUAUACUGGACGUUAUCCGAGCGCAAAAUACCAAACAAAUGGAAAGGAAAGUGGGGGAAGUAUGCUUGGGAUUUGGAGAAGCACUUGGCGCUUGUGCUAGAGGAUGAGGGAAGUACUCUUCCCGAUUAUAUGCACGCACCGUACGAUGUUCCCUGCGCUGAGCGUAUCCAAAUAUCUCUCGUACGCGCGCAUGCGACAGACGAAAAGUAUGCUCUUUUUCGCAAAUACCAAGCGCACAUUCACCAUGAGUCAGAAGAGGAUAUCAGCUCGCGCAAAGGUUGGGAGAAGUUUCUUGUGGAUGCGCCCUUUUUCGAUACCGACGCAAGCGGCGCUUUUGGCGCGUACCACCAAGAGUACAGGUUCUGCGGUCAUCUGAUUGCGGUCGGUGUAGUGGAUAUUCUGCCUUUUUGCGUAAGCAGUGUCUACUUUUACUACGAUCCCGAGUACAGCGACUGGGAGCUUGGGCGACUUAGCGUGAUGAAUGAAAUUGCAUUGGCGCGGCGCAUGCGCCGCGCGUUGGAUUUGCCGUGCCUGCGAUGGUAUUAUUUGGGCGCGUUUCAGCCGUCGGAAAUCCUCGAUACAAUGGACAAUUCCUGGCGUGCGCUGCGCAACGUAGAAGCACAGCUCGAUGCAGGCCAGCGCGCAGCGUUCAACGAGCCUCCCGGAGGAAAGAGUGCAGCUUACACGCAUGGUGCUGGAGACACAAAGCUACCAUGUCCCCUGCCUCUUGGCAUGGACGAGCCUGCGGCUAUGCACAAAGAUGCUGCAUGCCAUGUAUGUCUCAUGGAUGGUUCCCACCAGGCAAUGCUCAUUCCACUGACUGUAAGUACUGCGCACGUCUGA